AAUUUCAUAUCCUUUUUUCAAUCUUCUCUUUCACACAACAUUCAAAACACAAUUUUCUUUUCUCAACGAAAAAUAAACAUUUCUUUUUAAAACAAUAAUUUCACUAUAUUACCAAUAAAUUCUUCAAGAUCCCUCAAACAAAUUCAUCUUUUUCUCUCUCACUAAAACCAGAGGCCAUGUCCUCCUCCGCCAAUCCGUCGUUCGACGACGGCGACGGCUACAUAUUUUUCGGCCCCGCCCAUCCUCACCGGAACCCAUAUGAUUUAAACAACAAAAUCAUGCUCACCGCCAUCAUUUCCCUUUCUCUCGUCGUCCUUCUCGUCAUUGCUCUUCACAUUUACGCCCGUUAUGCCCUCCGCCGCCAAGCACGGCGGCAGGCCGUCCUCCGCCGCCUCGGAAUCCUCGCCCUCGUCGACUCCGGCGACCCUCCCCUGCCGCCGUCUCGGUCCGGGCUCGACCCCUUGGUUAUGGCGUCGAUGCCGGUCAUCGUUUUCAAGCACCAAUCGGAGAAUCCAGAUCCCUCGGGCGCCGCCGUGGAGUGUGCCGUGUGCUUAAGUGGUAUCGAGGACGGCGAGACGGCGAGAAUUUUGCCGAAUUGUAAACAUGUUUUCCAUUUGGAAUGUAUUGAUAAAUGGUUUGGCUCGCAUUCCACGUGUCCGAUUUGUCGGACGGAGGCGGCGCCGAUGAUCCUGCCGGAACCUCGGGAGGCUCCGGCGGCAGCGGUGGCGGAGGGCGGUGGUGGGUCAAGCUCCCGAUUGAGUUCGUUUAGACGGAUUCUAAGUAGAGAAAGGUCUUCGCGAAGGAUUCAACCUUGUGUACGACAAAGUAGAAACGACGACGUUCAAGACUUGGAAAGCCAGUAAAUAUCAAUAUCUUUACCUGGAUGGGAAUCUGCAAUUUCCGUAGCCUGAAAAGCAAGCAAGAUCGAAAUCAGAACACAAAUUCAAAUUCAGCAUUCUACUUUACAGAUCUGGAAAGUUUCUUGGAAUUAAAUAAGAGACUUCGAGCA